GAGGUACACGGAAUCAUGUGGCUCCCGAUGCUCAUCAAAUACCCUUGUCUGGCGCUGACGGUGACCCUACUCCUACCGCACCACGGGCACUGCAGCUACAUCGAGCCGUGCCAAGAGCAUGACCCAAGAAUGGCACCCGCAGUUAGUGAAAUCGUGAGACAAGAGACACAGCCACAAGCCCCUUCGACCCACGCUGUCGGUUCGUUGACGAGCACAGACGUGAUGGCGAUACAACAUGCGGUGCCACAAAGGUUAGUUGUCUACAAAAACCAUGAGCAGAUUCUGCAGCCACAAGGACAACAGGUUAUUCGGGUCAACCAGCCAGUGAGAGGGGUAUCCAAUAGUCAACCCCCUCCGCCACCAGCAGCGGUAUCAUAUUCAAUUGCACGGUCGAUUGUCCAACCAGCAACGACAUUUUAUUCAGCUGCACCGCAGUACAGUCAACCCCUUUCGCCACCACCAACGAUGUUACGUUCAGUUUCAAUGUCGAGUCAACCAGCAACGGUAUCUCAUUCAACUGCACCGCAGUACAGUCAACCCCCUCCGCCACCAGCAGCGGUGUUUCAUUCGGCUGCACCAGCGUACAGUCAACCAGCUCGAUUGUCUUCGUGCGUUAAACAUAAAACAGUUGAAAGCAAGACUAUUGUGUCCGAGCCACCUAUGGUGUCCACUGCACUUGCACAAGUGCAGUUUUAUCCCAACCUCAAUCGGAUCUCGUACUCUUCGGUCACUGAAAAUCAACCGUCAAGAUACAGUGACCAUCCGGUGGGAACGUGUAUCUGUAAAAAGUAAAGAAAUUCACUCUCUCUGAGGUGAUUUGUUCUCAUUAUCUGCAAAUGAUGACUCUCGCGCGAGUCCAUCGCUACUCGUGCGGAAGAUCGUUUUAUUCGCACUCGUUACGUAUAAAUAAUUGUAUAUUAUAUGAAUACACCCAUGUAGAGAAACGAAAAAAUAGUUGAUUGGUAAUAUAGUGGUUUUGGUAAUUUUUGUCAUGUCGAUCUGUUGUAGACUACUUAAUUCUUUAAUGUUUUCCAGCAAUGGACUAGCUUCAAAUAAAUGUUUCGUUUGAAAAUAA